AAAUAUUUGAAGAUUUUAAGUGUUUAGUUUAUUGUGAAACAAACGUAGAAAUAAGGCUGCAUACGUAUUAGCCAGAAGUUCUCACCUUUAACAAACUUGGAAGACCUAUUUUUUUUUCCCUAAAACAUACUUUAGGGACUAAUUUACACCUUCACCCAAACAAGAGGGACAAUUUUUGUCAUUUUCUCAUUUAUAAGUAGGAUUCUCCAUCUUGAACUUUUAGUCACAUACAUUGAAUAUUUCUACUAUGGCUUUGAUCAUGUGGACUACACUUAUAGUAGCUAUAGCCAUGUACAUAUUCCAUAAAUUACUAAACAUCAACCACAACAAAAAACUUCCACCAGGUCCAUGGGGACUUCCUAUUUUAGGACAUCUUCACUUAAUAGGCAAAAAUCCCCACCAAGAUUUUUACAAAUUAGCCAAAAGAUAUGGCCCUUUCAUGCACAUACAACUUGGAUUAGUACCAACAAUUGUUGUCUCAUCCCCUAAUACAAUUGAAAAAGUUCUCAAAACUUAUGAUCAUGUAUUUGCUAGUAGGCCUCAUCAUGAAGCCUCACAACAUGUUUGUUAUGGUCAAAGGAACUUGAUUUUCUCUAAAUAUGGUCCUUAUUGGAGGAACAUGAGAAAAUUGACUACUAUGAACCUUGUGAGUAGUCAAAAGAUUAACUCAUAUCAGCCUUCAAGAAAGGAAGAAGUUUCACUUAUGGUUAAAUCAAUUAAACAUGUGGCUGAUCAUAAUGAUCAACAACAUGUUGUUGCUGUUGAUCUUAGUGCGAAAGUUUCGUCAUUGAAUGCGAAUUUGAGUUGUUUAAUGGUUUUUGGGAAAAAGUUUAUGGAUGACGAUUUGGAUAAAAGGGGUUUUAAAUCUCUAGUUCAAGAAGUUGUACAUUUAGCUGCAACACCAAAUCUUGGUGAUUUUUUUCCUUAUCUUGGUGUUUUGGAUCUUCAGGGGAUUACUAGUAGGCUAAAGACACUUUCUAAGGUUUUUGAUGAGUUCCUUGAGAAGAUUAUUGAUGAACAUGUGGAGUCCAAGGAACAGAGGGAAACUAAGGAUUUUGUUGAUACCAUGAUGGAUAUUAUGCAAUCUGGUGAAGCUGGAUUCGAGUUUGAUAGACGCCAUGUUAAAGCUGUCCUAUUGGACAUGCUUAUGGCUUCAAUGGACACUUCAGCAACAUCAGUAGAAUGGAUACUCACUGAGCUACUUAGGCAUCCUCAUGUCAUGAAGAAACUACAAAAAGAAUUGGAACAAGUUGUAGGCCUUGAUAGAAUGGUAGACGAAUCUGACUUAGAAAAUUUGAAUUACUUAGACAUGGUGAUCAAGGAAGCCCUGAGGCUGCAUUCUGCUGCACCAUUACUAAUUCACGAGUCCAUAGAAGACUGUGUUGUUGAUGGCUUCUUCGUGCAAAAGGGAUCGAGGAUUGUUGUCAAUGUAUAUGCAGCGCAAAGGGAUCCUAAUGCUUGGCCUGAACCAGACAAGUUUUUGCCAGAGAGAUUUGUUGAGAGCAGUGUAGAUCUUCGUGGACACGACUUUCAACUUUUACCAUUUGGUUCUGGUAGAAGAAGUUGCCCUGGUAUGCAAUUGGGAAUCAUAAUUGUUCGCCUUGUGGUUGCGCAGUUGGUACAUUGCUUUGAUUGGGAACUUCCAAAUGGUAUGCAGCCUAGUGAAUUGGACAUGAGUGAGCAAUUUGGAGUAGUAACUUGUAGAGCAAAGCAUCUAAUGGCAAUUCCUACUUAUAGACUCCAACUAUAGCUUAUAUAAAUUAUAAGCAUUUUUUCUUGUUCCUACUAAUUACUUGUUUAAGGGAUCUGAAAGUUGUGUCAAUAUUCAAUCAAAGUCUAGUGAAUGUAUCUGAUGAUGAUAGUGAUUUGCAUGAAAGAUGCAUCAUUGUCUCGCAAAACUGUAGCGGAUCUUGGACUAUCAUUAAGGUGUGUCAAUAGUUGUAGUAAAAAAAUAUAAUUAUGAGGCUAAUACGACUAGAGUACACAACUUCAAAUAA